CUCUAUCUGCUGAGAAAGAGACGCGCUGAACCAAGUAUCUGACGGCUAACAGCCAUCGCUCGAGUCAUGAUUGGACGGGGCGCCCUGUGUAUUGCGGCUGCUGCCGUGAUCGUGGGAGUGUACCUCGUACCCUCUCCCAUCGACCCCAAGCCAUUCAUAUUUGAGGGUCCUCCUCCAGCUCUUGAGGGCCCUUUGGCGGUGAACACCAGGCUGCAGAAGGGACGCAGGCUCUUCGCUGGCCAGCUAAAGGGGCCUGAAUCUUUCACUGCUGACGAGCAUGGGAAUGUGUAUACAGGCACGGUGGACGGAAAGUUGUGGAGAAUCCACCAGGACGAGCUCCACUUCAUCACACAGAUGGGGACCAACAUCCCAGAAUGCGGUCAGGAUACGGACUACGAGCCCUUGUGUGGCCGUCCUCAUGGGGUGAGGCUGGACCGGCACGGCCAGCUCAUUGUGGCCGACUCCUACCUGGGUCUGUUCCAGGUCGACCCACAGAGUGGGGAGAAGACUCUUCUUCUGUCCAGUCGGAACGGUGCGGACGGGAUCCCGUUCGGGUUCCUGAAUGGGCUGGAGAUCUCUCGGAACGGCACGGUAUUCUUCACUGACUCCAGCAGCAGGUGGGGCAGGAGGCACGUCCGCUACGAGGUGCUCGAGACCAACCACCUGGGGCGCCUCCUCAUGUAUGACCCAGAGACAGGAAACGUGAAAACGCUGCUGGACUCCCUGUACAUGCCCAAUGGCAUCGCGUUUUCACCCGACGAGGACUUCCUGCUGAUGGCUGAGACCAGCAUCGGCCGCAUCCUCAGGUACUGGCUGAAGGGGCCCAAGGCCGGUACCAAGGAAGUUGUCUUGAACAACAUGCCCGGUUACCCCGACAACAUCCGUGCGAGUGACCGUGGCACAUUCCUGGUGGGCAUCACCACCAUCCGCUUCCCCGGCCGCCUCUUUCCACCCUUCCUGGACCUGAUUGGGCCCUAUCCUGCUGUGAAGCGCUUCAUGACCAAGGUGGUUCCACUGAGCUGGUACAGUGCGCUGCUGCCAAAGUACGGUCUGGUUCUGGAGCUGGGCCCGGAUGGGGAGAUUGUAGACAGCUUACAUGACCCGAAUGGCAGCCUGACCUGGGCCGUCAGCGAUGUGUUCCAGCACGGCAGCCGGGUCUACCUGGGCAACACUGACCUGCCAUUCCUGCCUGUCCUGGAGGAUCCGAGAUAGGUGCUCUCAGACCAGGGGCAUAAGGGUUUGAGGGGCUAAGAGACUUCACACAUUCUGUGUGCUCAUGAUGCACUGUGAGCCAGACUCACAGGGAGGACAGGAGUAAAUCUCGACUUGAAAGUGAAAAACCGGUAACCGCCGGCGAUGCCUACUUUACCUCCGCAGCCCAUUUUCCCCCAUUGUUCUCAUUCGGUGCGUUUCCUGGAGUCCCGGCCAAAUUCCCCAGUCAGGCCAUCUAAACAUACCCCGGUUUAUUUGGCUAGGCAAAUCCCUCCUCCUCCGUCUCCGCUGAUGCGUGGUGAGCAGUGAGCUGCAUAAUGGCUGCCGUGCACCACGCAGGGGGAUGCUGCACAUUGCUGGGGGUUAAGGGGAGUCACUGUAACCCCCCCAGUCACUGUAUAACAGGUUGGGAUCCUUGAAAAGGAUGAAAUUGCCUUAUGCAUCAUCAUU